AUGAAAAUUAAUUUUCGUCGUUAUUUAUAUAUUUUUUCUAUUGCCAUAUUUUUGACUUCCAUGUAUAUUUUUUACCUGUCUUUCUUUUUUGAUCCAUAUUCUAAUGGAGGAAUUAAAUAUUUCGAUAAUUUUAACAAAACUUGGCCUUUUAUUCAAUAUAAAACGGAAGAGACGACAUUUUUGGCAAAUUUGCCAUUAGUCUUCAUCAAAAUGUCUGCAUAUUUAAUAAUAAUUAUUUGUGGAUUCAAAAUGGUUAAAUAUGUCAAUCUAAACACUAAUUUUGAUGGAAAUUUAAAAAGAUUGAAUAAACAAUUAACAAGAGCUGUCAUACCAUUCGUCGAUCAGGCAGGAAUUUCAUUUAUUUUAAGUUUUUCAAAAAUAAACAAUACAACAACCAACAUUAUUCGUAUAUUAAUAUAUCUUCUUUUUCAUUUAACACCUGUACUUAACCCUAUUAUUUGUAUUUUAACAAACACGCCAUAUAGAAAUGCCAUUUUUAAACGUUCACAAAUAAAUACACAAUAA